AUGAAAGAAGAUAUGCGGAUGGACGAAGAACUCACCCAAAUGGCUCGUCGAUAUACGUCCAAUGUCCAAUAUCCACAACCAUCUCUAUUCCCUGCCCCCGCCGAAGCGUUUCUGGAUCCUCAGAGCCCUGAAUUCAGUGUGAGGAAAUGGGUCAAGGCGUUUUUCCAGCUCCGCAACAGCAGCGUUGAGGGCGUGAAGCCCAGAACUGCCGGAAUUGCCUUCCGAGACCUCAGCGUGCACGGGUUCGGCACUGCGACUGAUUAUCAGAAGACGGUGGGGAACGUCAUCUUGGAGGGCGUCACCUACUUCAAAAACAUAGUGCUGCGUCAGAAGCAGCAGCGUAUGGAGAUCCUUCGCGGCCUCGAAGGUGUGGUUCGUAGCGGCGAGAUGCUGGCCGUUCUCGGCCCCCCCGGCUCGGGCUGCUCGACGCUUCUGCGAACGAUAGCUGGCGACACCCACGGCUUUCACAUCAACGACGAAUCCACAAUAAACUAUCAGGGAAUUCAACCUAGCCAGAUGGCAAGUCGCUUCCGAGGGGAGGCCAUCUACACCGCAGAGGUCGACGCCCAUUUCCCUCACAUGACAGUUCGCGACACCCUCUACUUCGCGGCACUUGCUCGUUGCCCCAAGACAAUGCCGCCCGGUGUCUCUCGCCACGAGUAUGCCGAGCAUCUUUGUGAUGUCAUGAUGGCCAUGUUCGGUAUUUCGCAUACAAGGAACACUCGUGUCGGUAACGAUUUUAUUCGUGGUGUUAGCGGUGGCGAGAGAAAACGAGUUACCAUCGCUGAGGCCGCUCUCAACCAUUCUCCUCUCCAGUGUUGGGAUAACAGCACGAGAGGCCUGGAUAGUGCCAAUGCUCUCGAGUUCUGUCGAGCCUUGCGGAUCCAGGCGGAUGUUUUAGGGACAACUGCUUGCGUUGCCAUUUAUCAGGCAUCCCAAGACGCCUACGAGGUCUUUGACAAAGUUGUGGUUCUGUAUGAAGGGCGGCAAAUCUACUUUGGCCGCACCGACCAAGCCAAAGCCUAUUUCGAAGAGCUCGGCUUUGCCUGUCCUGAUCGUCAGACAACGGCCGAUUUUCUCACUUCCAUGACCAGCCACCGGGAAAGAGUUGUGCGCCCUGGGGCCAACCCCCCACGUAGCCCUGACGAAUUCGCCGAUGCUUGGAUGCGAAGCCAGCACCAGGCUUGUCUCAACGUCGAGAUUGACCAGUACCUUGCUCAGUAUCCCUUCGACAGCGAACACUAUGACAGCUUCCUGGCCUCACGACGGGUCGACCAGGCGAGAUCACAGCGCGAGGGCUCGCCUUUCAACCUCUCAUACUGGCAGCAAGUCAAGCUUACUCUAUGGAGAAACUGGAUCCUCCUGAAAUCAGAUCCGAGCAUGACUCUGACAAUGUUGUUGACAAACCUCUUCAUGUCUCUCAUGACGGCCAGUAUUUUCUACAACUUAUCCAACACUUCCGAAAGCCUUACAAGACGUGGCACUCUUCUCUUCUUCAUUAUCCUGAGCAACGCAUUUGGCAGCAUGCUAGAGAUCAUGACGUUAUAUGCCAAACGACCUAUCGUUGAGAAACAUAACCGAUACGCGCUGUACCAUCCUAGCUCUGAGGCUUUAUCAUCGAUGAUUAUUGAUCUGCCGUACAAAACAGUCAACGCCAUUAUUUGUAAUAUUGCACUUUACUUCAUGUGCAAUAUGCGUCGUGAAGCUGGUCCAUUUUUCUUUUUUCUGCUGGUUGUCUACAUCAUCACGCUUACGAUGUCCAUGAUGUUCAGGCUAAUGGCAUCGCUCACCAAGACCAUUGCCCAGGCUUUGGCUCCAGCAUCUGUCAUCCUCCUUAUUAUCUGUUUGUAUACUGGAUUUGCCAUCAAGAUCCAAUAUAUGCAGGUAUGGCUGGGAUGGUUGCGUUGGGUCAACCCUGUGCAUUACGGGUUCGACAGCCUCAUGACCAAUGAGCUUGUGGGACGCAUGUUUGAAUGUGAUUCCUUUGUUCCGGCCGGACCUGACUACUCCUCGAUCGAAGCAAGCGAGCGUGUCUGUACCGUGCCCGGCUCUACUCCUGCUGCAAAUUUUGUCAGUGGCUCUUCCUAUCUCGAGACAUCGUAUGGAUACCAGAAUGCCCACAAGUGGCGUAACAUCGGCAUUAUGAUCGCCUUCUGUAUCGCCUUCUGCGUCGGCCACCUGGUUGCGGUAGAAUUGGUGGCGUCUGAACGCUCCAAAGGUGAAGUCCUUGUUUUUACACGCAAGGGGAUCAAGAAGCAUGCCCCAAAGGCUGAGGAUAUUGAGACCACUACCGACAGCCGGCCGACUAAGGAGGUCAUCGCUGGUGAUAACGUUUACGAAAGCACUGCAAAUAUUGAGAAAGCUACGUCCGUCUUUCACUGGCAGGACAUCUGCUAUGAUGUCAAGAUCAAGGAUGAGACCCGCCGCCUUCUGGAUCAUGUAGAUGGCUGGGUAAAGCCUGGAACUCUAACGGCACUCAUGGGUGUCUCCGGAGCCGGUAAGACAACGCUCCUUGACGUGCUGGCGAGCCGUGUUACAAUGGGUGUCAUCAGUGGAAGCAUGUUGGUCAACGGAAACCCUCGUGAUGCCUCAUUCCAACGUCAAACGGGGUACGUCCAGCAGCAAGAUUUGCAUUUGCACACGUCGACGGUCCGAGAAGCCCUCACUUUCAGCGCGCUCUUGAGACAACCCCCAAACUACUCAAAGGAGGAAAGGAUAGCCUACGUGGACACCGUCAUCGAGCUACUGGAUAUGCAGCCAUAUGCCGAUGCCAUCAUUGGCGUGCCAGGCGAAGGCCUCAACGUUGAACAACGCAAGAGACUCACAGUUGGUGUCGAGUUAGCCGCCCGACCUAAGUUGCUACUCUUCCUCGAUGAGCCUACUUCAGGUCUUGACAGCCAGACAUCAUGGUCUAUGUGCGAUCUGAUGGAGAAGCUUACAAACAGUGGCCAGGCUAUCCUCUGCACUAUCCACCAGCCCUCUGCUAUCCUCUUUCAGCGUUUUGACCGACUACUGCUUCUUGCCAAGGGAGGCCGCACAGUAUACUUUGGCCCGAUUGGCAAGAACUCGCAGACCCUUCUCGACUAUUUUGUUCGCAACGGCGGCGCUCCCUGUUCGCCAGAGGCUAACCCAGCUGAACAUAUGCUGCACGUGAUUGGUGCCGCCCCUGGCUCAGGUAGCGACAUCGACUGGCCUGUGGCGUGGCGUAACAGCCCAGAGUACCGUGAAGUGCAAGACGAGCUCGCCAGACUGUCGUCCAAAGCCCGCUCCAACGAGCCCUCACUGGGGCCGGUACACGUAUCCGAGUUUGCUGCACCUCUCGGGCUUCAGCUCAGGGAGGUCUGCCGCCGUGUCUUUCAACAGUAUUAUCGCAGUCCUACCUACGUCCUGUCAAAAGGAUUUUUGUCUGCUGGAGGAGCCCUGUUUAUUGGCCUGUCUUUCCUCAACAUUGACAAUACCCAAAGUGGUCUCCAGAAUCAGCUCUUUGGUGUUUUCAUCUUCCUCACCAUUUUCAGCCAGCUUGUUGAUCAAAUUUUGCCCGUCUUUGUCUCUCAACGUACCAUGUAUGAGGCUCGCGAGCGCCCAUCGAAGAGCUAUUCAUGGGUGGCCUUCAUCUGUGCAAACAUGCUUGUUGAAGCCUUCUGGAACUCGGUAUUUUCUCUUUUCAGCUUCUUUUUCUGGUACUUCCCAAUGGGCCUGUACCGCAACGCGCGAUAUACUGAUGCUGAACACUCCCGUGGUGUCUUGGUCUUCCUCUUUAUCUGGGUCUUCUUCUUGUUCUCAAGCACCUUUUCGCAUCUCAUCAUUGCUGGUAUUGACAGUGCUGAGGUGGCUGGCGGAAUUGUCGGACUUCUAACCGUCAUGAUGUUCACGUUUUGCGGUAUUCUUGCCAGUCCGACACAGAUGCCAGGCUUUUGGAUCUUCAUGUAUCGCGUCAACCCCUUUACAUAUUUUGUCGAUGGUUUUGUCGGUACAGCCCUUUCGAAUGCACCAGCCACGUGCGCGGACAACGAGUUUGUCUUCUUCAAUCUUCCCAACGGUACGACAUGCGGCGAAUACAUGAGAUCAUAUAUUGCCAUGGCCGGCGGCUUCGUCCAAGACUCCAAGGCCACCGACGAGUGCCGCUUCUGCCAAAUCUCAGAGACCAACAGGUUUCUCUCGAGUGUCAGCAUUUCUUUUACGAACCGAUGGCGCAACUUUGGUCUCAUGUGGGUGUUCGUCGUCUUCAACGUGUUCUCAGCGAUCGGUUUAUACUGGUUGGCUCGGGUGCCUAAGAAGACCAAGGUGAAGAAGCAAUAG